AUGGAGAUAACUGCAGAGAUCCUCCUUGUCACAUCCCACCUGGGAGGCUUCACCCCCGUGCCUGGUUUUGCCUUUGCGAGUUUGUCCAAGUCGCUUGGUCUCAUUGAAGGCUAUGGCGGACGUGGCAAAGGUGGCCUUCCAGCCACCCUGUCCCCUGAUGAGGAAGAAAGAGCUAAGGGACCACAUGAGAAAUACGGCUACAACUCCUACCUCAGUGAGAAAAUUUCACUGGAUCGUUCCAUCCCGGAUUAUCGUCCAACCAAGUGCAAAGAGCUGAAGUACGCCAAGGACCUCCCCCAGAUCUCCAUCAUCUUCAUCUUCGUGAACGAGGCGCUGUCGGUCAUCCUGCGGUCGGUGCACAGCGCGGUGAAUCACACGCCCGCUCACCUCCUGAAGGAGAUCAUCCUUGUGGACGACAACAGCGAUGAAGAUGAGCUGAAGGCGCCCCUGGAAGAAUAUGUCAACAAGCGGUACCCAGGCCUGGUGAAGGUGGUUCGCAACCAGAAGAGGGAAGGCCUUAUCCGAGCCCGUAUCGAAGGCUGGAAAGCUGCCACCGGCCAGAUCACGGGGUUCUUUGAUGCCCAUGUGGAGUUCACUGCUGGCUGGGCUGAGCCAGUGCUCUCGCGCAUUCAGGAAAACCGCCGCAGGGUCAUUCUUCCCUCGAUAGACAACAUCAAGCAGGACAACUUCGAGGUGCAGCGCUACGAGAACUCGGCCCACGGGUACAGCUGGGAGCUGUGGUGCAUGUACAUCAGCCCGCCCAAGGACUGGUGGGACGCCGGCGACCCCUCGCUGCCCAUCAGGACGCCAGCAAUGAUCGGUUGCUCGUUUGUGGUGCACAGGAAGUUCUUUGGAGAGAUAGGUCUUCUCGACCCUGGGAUGGACGUGUACGGAGGAGAGAACAUAGAGCUGGGUAUCAAGGUUUGUGACACAUCUGGAAGCAAAAUCGCACCUUGGAUCUGGGUGCAGGCAGAGCUAACGGGUGGUACGCGGCGCCUGGAACCCUUCUCCAAGCGCCCUGCCUCAGCGCGGGCUCCUGCGGCGCUCGUCUCUGCUGAUCCUACAGGACGCUCCGCGGCGCGGGCGUCCGCCGAGGCGUGCAGGCUGCAGCGCUACGCGGGAGCCUGGGAGAUCCACAAUGAUACAUCG